AUGAGCACUUGCCCAGCUCUCGCCCACACCGUGUCUUCUGUCUGGGAGCUCGCCUGCAUCUACUCAGCCCUCAUCCUGCAUGAUGAUGAGAUAACAGUCACGGCUCUGGCCAAUGUCAACAUUGGGAGCUUCUGCAAUGUCAGGCCUAGUGGACCAGCAGGUGUAGGGGCUAGAGAUCCUGCCCCCUCUACCACUGCUACCUCAGCUGAGGAGAAGAAAGUGGAAGCAAAGAAAGAAUCUGGGGAAUCUGGUGCUGACAAAUGCUUUGGUCUUUUUGAACCUCUCGUAACACAUUCAAUAAAAAGCUGA